AUGCGAGCAAAGCGCCAAAACACUCAGCCUCUUGAAGAUGCCUCUGUGGCCCCAGAAACCUUCACAGAUGGCCUUCCACUUCCAAAGCUGAUCGCUUUUGAUCUGGAUUACACUCUGUGGCCUUUCUGGGUUGACACGCACGUCAGCGCCCCUGUAAAAUCACGCGAUAACAACUCUCGAGUUGUGGACCGAUGGGGCGAAUCGUUCGCCUUCUACCCCGCAGUCUCAUCGAUCGUGCACGCUUGCAAGCACCGAUCAAUUCCUCUCGCGCUUGCCUCGCGAACAUCAGCCCCGGAUCUUGCGCGCGACGUGCUCAAAGCCCUUCAUAUCAUCCCUACCUUUUCCGACAACCCUGCUGCCAACGCGAAGACCGUACGUGCCCUGGAUUACUUUGAUCACAUUCAGAUUUACCCUGGGAACAAGACUUCGCAUUUCGCGAAGAUUCACCAGACGAGUGAGAUUGCCUAUGAUGAUAUGUUGUUUUUCGAUGACGAGGCGCGUAACCGAAAUGUGGAAACGGAGUUGGGAGUUACCUUCUGCUUGGUGCGGGAUGGUAUGACGCGAGAGGAGGUCGACCGAGGUGUGAGGGCUUGGAGAAAGAGAAAUGGUAUCAAGCGAGAGACUGAGGAGUGA